CGCGUCUUUUCGCUGCUGCCACGGCUGCCUGAGAGCAACAGGCUGGCGAUCGGACAGCCGCUCUGAUCCACUUUACAAGUGGUUCGAUACUCUCUCUCCCCCUUCGGAUUCGCUUAGUUUCCACUCGCUCACCUCCCUGAUACGAACCCCUCAUGUGGAUCCGCUGGUCGCGGCCCGGCAGAGUGAAUGGGUCUAGGCAUAACACAUUGAGUGUGUGCCUGACUAAGCCAAGUAGCAGCCAUCGUUCUAGCGCUACCAGAAGUAGGCACUCAACAGCGACAACAGCGACGGUACCGGCGGCAGCCGCGAGCUCCAGAACGAGCAGUCUGAACUUCUGCUGCUCCUCGAUCAGUUGGUGCCCGCCAUUGGGGCAGAGCGUAUCGAGCCGCGUUGGUCGAUCAGAGUUACCAGAACAGUCGGAGUAGGAGUAGUGACUGAGCUCUACCUGUUGCGCCCUGUGGAAAGAUAGAUUGUCGCGCGAGGUUACCUCACGGAACUUUGUAGUUGUUAACGUAGCCGUUGUCGUUAUUGGUUUUGUCACAGCAUUUUGACUGACAGUCGCCAUCAACCCGUGCUCCCUGUAUAUAAUCAUCGUGCGAAAGAGUCAGAUACAACAGGCGACCUGGACCGGGUUGCAUCCCAGCAUCGAAGUAGAUCCUGGUAUCCCUUUGCCACCAUACAUUGGCUAGUGUCCGACAAAAUUGUGGCUCGCGGUCAGAAUUUUCAGAAUCAGUCCUCCUGCCCCUUACAGCUUCAACGUUGAACAAGUGCUCUUCGACGACGUUCUCUCUUUACCUGUGUUUUACUGGAUAUUUAUAUAUAUUUGUUUGAAUUAUGUGAUUGUGCCUCAAUGAGACCGCUGCCCGCUCAGACCAAAUCACCACUAUAGCAGCUUCCUCUAUGCACCUCGCAAUUGCUCGUCAGUUGCGAUUCAGUCAAAUCGCAUUACUUUGCGUGAAGCAGUAGCUGAGUGUGUCCCUCUCUUCCCGUAAGAAUCGCCGUGCACGUUCUUCCAUUACACUUAUACGAUUGUAGAUAUCAUCCAGCGAAGGGCUUCUCUCUAAUAUAAAUACACGUCCGCAUGUGUGUACAAGUAUGAUACUCAGCGUUCACGUCGCGUAAACGUCCCAGUUACGACUCACAGCAAACGCCGGGCGGCAGCGAAGCCGACGAAAGCAGACGACGGAGAGACAGAUCGAAAGCCGAACGAGAACGGCGCUCAGUCGAUCCAGCGUGCUUGAUUGUCGAAGUUCGUUGUUGCCGUUGCUGUAGCACGAAACACCAGGUCGCGAGCUGAGCAGAUAGCAGCGAGCAGUGUGUGCUUAUAAGCGCGCCACUCGCGGCUGAUUGUUUCUGUCUUUCUCCGAGCGGAAGUGGAUUGACGCCCAGUGAACGCUAAGCAAAUGCGCUGAGUUCGCAUUGAUACUUGAACGGACGCAAUUCAUUCGGUAAUGAAUCAUUAAGUCUUUUGGGACGUCAACGCCAGUCCGUGGUGGCCUAUCGAUGGUGAACGGGCGCGAAUCCAUCAAUAAACAAAAAGCAGCUCCCAUUCCAUUCUACAAAUUAAACUCCGUUCGGGAAGAAAGUCUCUGCAUUGUUGGCCGAAAAGUAUUACAACCCGUUUUGUAAGAUCGGACUGUUUCUACUCGAGGAACGGCGGUAAACGAAAAAAAAACGUGGCACGAAAGUUCAUUUUUUGGCAACCUGUUAACCUGCGCCGAUGCUACCGCUGCUGGCAUCAAUUUUUGCUGCCGCGAUCUUUUAUUUGUGAUGAAACGUCUGUGAUUUUCCAUUAAGCUCACAUGCACACAUCUGAUUGAACUUCACUGGACUAUUACCUUGUGUGACCUAAAGGAAAUAAGUUCCUCUUCGGGAAGAGCGACAUAAGACCGAGUCGUUUUAACAACGACGAAACUAUAGAGGAGACAAGACCAACGGAGCUGUCAAAAAUACCUAAUCAGAAUGACUGCCGUUAUGUGCGGUUCAGCCAGUACCUCGACCACCGGUGUUAGCGUAUCACAACAGCAGGAGUCGUUAAUAUCCUCCAGCUCGUCCUCGCAGCAGGCCCCAGCGCAAACUCAGCCACAGGCCUCGUCUGAACCAGAACAACAGGCGGCGGAGUUCCAUCAACAGCAGAAUCAACAACAACAACAACAACAACAACAACAACAGCAACAGAUCUCUGCCUCCCAGCUUCAACAGAGGGUUGUAGCCCUGCAACAAUCUGUUGGAAACCUCGCUCAACUGGAUCUGCAAGGUCUGGCUGCCCUUCUACCGGCUGGCACCAGCAUUGAGCAGUUGCAAACCAUCAAGCAAAAGCUAGUUCAGCUGAACCAAAUACAACAACAGCAGGCACAGCAUAGGAAGUUGGAGCGUUCCGUAAGUGAGCCACAGCCCCAUUCGGACGUCAAGGAUUUGAACACCGAGAGUGCUCUUUCGUCCGUCAACUCGUCCCGUUAUAAGACCGAGCUUUGUCGGCCAUUUGAAGAGAAUGGCACAUGUAAGUACGGUGACAAGUGCCAAUUCGCCCAUGGCCUGGAUGAACUACGUAGUCUCACUCGUCAUCCGAAAUACAAGACCGAACUGUGCCGAACUUUUCACACCACAGGCCUCUGUCCAUACGGACCGCGUUGUCACUUUAUACACAACUCCGAUGAAGCAAAACGACCAGCAGGAAGCGGAUCGGCCGCCCUCAGUGGUGUAUCCUCCGCCUCUUCGCAAGAGGCGCUCAACAUGAAGAUGCUUGGAAUUAACACCCAACCACAGUCUCAACAAUCAUCUCAUGGCGUGAGUGGAACAUUUGACCACAUUGGCCAGCAGUGUUCCUCAAGCGUUCAGCAAAUUCAACAGCAACAACAACAUCAGCACAAGGUCUUCACCCAGAUGAACUUGAUGCGGGCCCAGCAUCCAGCAGCGGCAGCAGCCGCGGGUAUGCGACCAACUUCACAACAUCAACAAGCCGCUGAUCUCCUAUCGCACAUGCAACAUAUCCCUGCUUCGGCUAUUAUAAAAAGCCGCAUGCAUGCUCUCCGUCCCAAAGCGCUGUCCAUCGGCUGCAUGAGCUUGGGUUCCGCCGGUGACCUGUCGCCUCCUGUCAGUCCCUCAAUGUACGAUGACCCAUUCACCCCGUCGUACCUUAAUGCCUCAUCGCGUCAGAGUAGCAAUUUCUUCUGCACAAUGGCUUCAUCAUCCUCAUCCUCGUCAUCAUCGUCCUCGUCGUCCUCGGCUUCUCCAAGCGUGUCGUCUGGUGACGUCUCGAUGAUGUACCAUAGCCCUUCUCCGCCAAGUCUUAGUACUUCACCGUUGGCAGCACCUACCGCAAUUAACAGUAAUAUGGCCGCUAUGAUGGCUGCAGCAGCUAGUGCGUCCCAUGGUAACCAAACGAUGUGCCCUGUUUCCGGUUUGCUAACACCAGCAUCGUCGAUGUCGAUUUCCACGGGGACUCCGUCGCUAGGGUCGUCUUGCGGUAGCGCCAGUAGUAGCGCUAGUGGCUAUGGGAACAUUGGAACGUCGCAGCAGUCGCAUCUGCCGCAGUCCCAGAGCCAACAUCCAUCGCAGCACACGCUCCUUAAUCAAUCGCAGCCUCACGCUCAUCACAAUCACACAUCGCAUUCGAUGCUAAGUGGAUCCAUUCACCGCGGUGUCCCCAUGAGCUUCUCAUCAAGUUUCGGCGACCAGUUGAUGUCGGCCCCGGCCGUGAUAUCGACGGCACCCAUUUUCGAAUUUCCCUCGGUAGCGUCUGCUCAGUCGAACGGCAAUCUCAGCGAGCAUCGCCGCGCUUUUCGCACUUUGACGCCGCCAAGUCCUCUGGAGUCCCUCGGGAAUGAUCUUGCGGAUUCCUUGAUUAGCGGCGGUGUAACGGGGCUUGCCAACAUCAGCGGGCUGGCAGCGAGCCAGUCUUUCAACAUAAAGAAGCCGAUCGAAUCGAUGGUCAAUUCCGCGAUAGCAUGCAGGCUUCCAGUGUUCGAUCAGCUGGCGCGUUCAGGCGCUAUGGGUGCUAGGUAAAUGGGAUGGACUUCGUAGGCUGAACGGGUAGAUUAGGCAAGGGGAUUCAACAUCGAUAAAGUCAGCUGAAAUCAAUGUCUUCUUGUCUGCUUUUUGACCGUUCUACUGGCAUAGUUCAAAUAUGACGAUGCAUUUCUUAUUGCUUCUUGUGUAUACUCCUACACUGCUAGAUGUACCAGAGGUUUGCCGGAGAUUUCUGGGCAUUACGAUAUACAUAUAUAUCAUAGCCGAUUUCAGUAUUACUAUUAUUAUAAAUUGUCGUUAGUUAUUCUCGUUUGAUGUUGUGAAUAUCUGCAUUGCAAGAAUUCAGGUUGUCCAGCUGUUCUGCGAGGUGGAAAGGUUGGUUGGUUACAAGGUUUUAAGACCGCUAUAGCCUUAUCUCUCCUUAAUAUCACUAAUUAUUAUCAAAAAUCCUUGGCGAUAAACCAAGGAUUUUUACCACACACUGCGCUAAGCUGUUUUCGUAAACUAGAGUGGUUCUUCGUAGUGAUUGAUAUAGAGGCUUAGUUUGUUGACCGUGUUAACAGUAGCUGUUAUGCGCAGCCACGAAUGCGCAGAGGACUGGAAAAUAUUGAAGUGAAGUAAAACGACUUUAAAAGCUGGAAGCCCUUCAGAAGCAGCUCUGGUUUUCAGUAACGCCAUAAGUUCACAGAGAAUACAAUCUACGUGCACAAUUAUGCUGGUGCAAACAGCCCAUUUACGCAUACAAAUACAUAAUUUGAUAGAUGACAAAAACUUGGAUAUAAAGCUCAUCUAGGUCUGUGUUGCGAAAUUUACCAUUAUCAUCAUAUGAGUAGUGAGAAUCGUUGUGGUCAUUGUGACAAGCAAACGCUUUUCUUCAAUUCGAUAUAUAUAUUAUCAACAGCACAGACCUACUUCGGGUGCAAGAUAAUGACUAGAGAGCCCCUCGAUCAAACAAGGUGAAACCCAGAGAUAAGGACACUCUAGAACGCAAACGUCUAACAAGGAUCAUUGCAUAGUGCGGAUCGACCGUUAUAGCAAAAAGAACGAUAUCAAUAACACACAAAAUAUAUACGAAGGGUAAUUGUACUUCAUACGCAGAGAUUGGCCUAUUAGAUAUUACUCGAAGCGAUGGCUGCUUGACAUGAAGCGAACCGCAACAGAAGAAAACUAUACACAUAUAUAACUGGCAUCAAUAACAUACGAACCGUCGAAAAGUAACAAUUAUUUCUCGGAUCCACGAAUACACCCAAUGAGCGAAGCAUGUGGUUAAAGAAACGCAGAAAAGUAAUAAUACUAUAUUUACGAAUUUCUACAAUA